AAAAUGCAAUCUAUUAAUGACUAACAGCUAGCAGUACUUUACCUUACCUGCUUGACUCACCAAGUCAAUCUAUGAAGAAAAAUCAAAAUUAUAGUUGAUGCAUUACUUGGUUUAUUCACUUUAUACCUAAUUGCUUGUAGUUGUUACCCAUUUUAAUUCUCACAGAUGUGAAACUCUGCAAGGACUAUUAUCAUAUUAUCAUGGCGGAUCAUGAUGCAGAAUCCUGCUCCUCACAAUUCAUAUACGAUGUUUUUCUGAGCUUUAGAGGCUCCACAAGAUGUGGAUUCACGGAUACUCUCUACACCGCUUUGACCAAUAAAGGAAUCACUACCUUUAGAGAUGAUGAGAAUCUUAGAGUUGGUGAUAGAAUCAGAGAUACUCUUCUUGAAGCCAUUAAAAGAUCCAGGAUGUCCAUUGCUGUGCUGUGUCAGAACUACGCCUCUUCAGCAUGGUGCUUGGAUGAACUUGUCCAAAUCAUGGAGUGCUCUAACAAAGGAUCAAAACGACCAGUUUUCCCAAUUUUUUACCAUGUGGAUCCAUCAGAUGUAAGGCAUCAGAAGAAUCAAUAUGACCAAGACAUGAAGCAGCAUGAAAGCAGAUAUGGCAAAGACUCGCACAGGGUACAAGCAUGGAGGUUGGCUUUGUAUGAAGUUAGCAAUCUAAGCGGAAAGCACUGUAAAGUGAAUCGCUAUGAAAGUGAGAUUAUCAAGAGUAUUGUUGAAGAGGUCUCGGCAAAGCUUCCUCCUGAACCACUAUAUAUUAAGCAUCCAAUUGGUUUUGAUUCUCACUUUGAAGCGGUGGAAUCACUUUGGAAUAUCAAAUCUCAUAAUACCAUUUGCAUGUUGGUCAUUUAUGGAGAUGGUAACAAGACCACAUUUGUUGGAGAGUUGUUUAACAAGUUCCAGCAUCAAUUUGAAGCUGCGAGUUUUCUUGAUAAAGUCUCUGAAAAAUCAAGAGGUGUUGAUGGCCUAGAAAACCUCCAAGUAGCACUUUUGUAUGAGAUGGGUGUGCAUAAAAAACCUAUGCUAGGAAGUACAUUAAAAGGAUCUUCUGAUAUAAAACAAAGUCUCCGCAAUAAAAGAGUCCUUCUGGUUCUUGACGAUGUUGAUAAUACCGAACAAUUGGAUUCAUUGGCAGGAGGAGGUGAUUGGUUUUGUCCUGGUAGUAGAAUUGUUAUAACAACAAGAGAUGCCAAUUUUCUAAAUAAUCAAGUGUUAGAUGGAUUCAAGAUUGAGAAAUAUUGCAUUAAUGAAGGUGAAUUUGAUAGAAUGGAAGCUCUCGGGUCAAAUCAUCAAAAGCAAGAUGAGGUAGUCGAGGAAGAUAUGGUGGGAUUUGUGAAUAUCUUCAACGAUGUAACUAAGCAGUUGAAGGAAAAUGACUCAUGUGUUGAUGUUAUCUCCAUAAUAGGCAUGGGUGGUUUGGGUAAGACUACUCUCGCUAAAAAGAUUUACAACAAUAAUGAGGUGAAGAAGUUGUUCCCUUGUUGUGUGUGGGUUACCGUUUCUAAGGACUACAAAGCCAAGGAGCUUCUUCAAAGCCUUCUAAAAGGUUGUGGGUUAUCCGAGUCCAUUAAAGGCGAAGACAUAAGCGAGGAUGAUCAAAAGAGCAAGGUCCAAAAGUUCUUAGAGAACAAGAAGUAUUUAAUAGUGCUUGAUGACCUAUGGGAACCUGAAGUUUGGGAUGAGGUAGAUUGCUUAUUUCCGGAGAACAAUAAUGGCAGUGCAAUAUUGAUAACUAGCCGUAAUGAUGGUGUGGCAAACUAUACAGGAUCAAAAUCUUACUACCCUCCAUUGCUAGAUAAAGAUGAAAGCUGGAAAUUAUUCUGCAAGAAGGUGUUUAAGAGAAGAGAGUGUCCUUCUGUUUUAGAACAUAUGGGUAGAUUAAUGGUCGAAAAAUGUCGAGGUUUACCACUUGCUAUUAUAACCUUAGCGGGAGUUGUUGCUAAGAAGAGGAGACUUCCAGUUGAGUGGACGAGAAUCAUGCGCAACGUCCUUUGGUAUGUUGACAAGGAUGAUGGCAGAGUAACAAAUGUGUUAAAGCUCAGUUAUGACAGCUUGCCUAAAAGAUUGAAGUCUUGUUUUUUAUUUUUGGGAGUGUAUCCCGAAGAUUAUGAAAUUCCUGUGAAACGAUUGAAACAAUUAUGGAUUGCUGAAGGGUUAAUACAACCGCCAAAAAUAGGAAUAUCAGAUGGUCUAGAAGUAGAAGAUAUUGCUGAAGAGUACUUGAAUGAGCUGGUGGAUCGUAGUUUGGUGAUGGUGGUGAAAAGAAAGAGUGACGGAGGGGUCAAAAGUUGCUGGAUUCAUGACCUUCUCCUUGAUCUUUGCAUAUCAGAGAAUAGAGCUGAAAAAGGUAUAGAGAUCUGCACUGGAAAAGACAUUCCAUCCCUUGACAAUGUCAAAUCUUGUAGGUUUUCCCUUCGAAAUACCAACCGGGAUUCAUUUAAGCAGUGUGAUCACUCCUGCAUCCGUUCUUUAAUGUGCUUCUCCGGUCGCUACUUUCCAGAGGGACUUGAUCUAAUGAGUUUCAAUUCAGCUCGCAUUUUGGAAUUUAGAUAUGGUUAUGCUUUAUCAUUAACUACCCAGGAUUUGAGUAUGAUCAUCCAUUUAAGAUACUUGAGACUCUAUCGAGUUGUGCACUCUCCAACAAAGAAUCACCUUGAUCCAAUCUGCACCCUUCCGAAUCUAGAAACUCUAAUUCUUGACACAAAUGAUGUUGUUUAUAACAUUCCGCAUGGAAUAUGGAGGCUCAAGAAAUUGAGACAUCUUGAAGGAAUAUUACGCAUGAGGAGUAAGAUCGUUCCACCUGAGACGUCAGGAGAAGACUGUUUGCCAAAUCUCCAAACUCUCCAAUAUUUGAUUGUUGAAGAACGAACGAAAAUAUCCUCCAUUGUUAAUGGAAGAUUCCCCAAGCUGAGAAAAUUGGGUUUAAAAUGUUGGAAGCAUGAGCUAAAAGGCUUGCAUCACCUGAAAAAUCUAGAAAAACUAAAACUUGAGGGCUUUACGCAAUUGCCAUCAAAAGCACAUGAAUUUCCUUCUAAUAUUGCCAAGAUAAACAUAGGGUUAAGGUCAGCCAAUUUUACACUUGCUGUCAUCAACUACAGUUGCUUGAAUACUCUAGGACACCUUACCAGCCUCCGUGUUCUGAAAGCAUGCUCGGGGAAGGUCAAGGGCAAAUCUCUUUGCCUUGCCGCUGGAAGCUUCCCAAAUCUUGAAGUGCUUCAUUUGACAGACAUAAGUUUCAAAAGUUGGAUAUUAGAGAAAGGUGCAAUGCCAUCUCUCCAACAUCUGUUCAUCAAAGACUGUGAUGACUUGGAUAAGCUUCCAGAGCAACUGUGGUCCUUGACUAACUUGCAAGAUGUGCGUGUGGUGAACCCAAAUCCAAAAUUGAGAGAAAGCCUCAGGGAACGUGCUAAGCCCAAGGAUGGUUGUAAGCUCAUCGUAAGCGAAGUCCCAGAUAAGUGGAUUAUAUGAUAUUUCAUCAGAGGAAGAAUAAGAUGAGGAUGAUGAUGAAGAAAAUAGAUAGCAAGCUCAUCAAGAACAAGUUUGUGGUUUUAAAGAAGCAGACAGGCCAAGUGCACAUAGUGGAUUGGCCACCAAAAUAGUGUUGUCACUUACAAGCCAUGGUGGUGGUAGCGGUGGGUAUGUUUUUUGUUUUGAAGUGUUGUGAUGUACUAUGUUUUCCUAUUUAAGUUCGUGUAACUUUGUAGGUUCUUUGUUUCAGAGACCAACUUUACUAAAUUAUAAAAAGAGAAAAAGAAAAUUGUAGUUAAAAAUACAAUCUUUAUCAACAAGCUAAGAAGUGCACUAUAGCAUUUACUCUACCAUUAGACCUGAGUUCUUGAUACUUAAAGUCUUCAACAAAUUCCCUGGUUAGUUA